CAGAUAUACGGAACUAAUAGUCAAUAUAUAUAACGAAUUCAAAACAAUAAUUAAAGUAUAUAAAGGAACAAAAUCAAUACAAAUAAAUAGAGGCGUGAGACAGGAUACUUUUAAAAGAUUAGAAUGGGAAGAAAAAGGUAUAAAAAAUUGUGGACAACGCUUGAACCAUCUAAGGUACGCUGAUAAUAUCGUAUUGAUAACUGAUAAAAAAAUUUAUUUGAAAUGAUGAAAGCACUGGACGUAGAAGCUGGAAAGAUAGGCCUUAAUAUGAAUUACAGCAAGACCAAAACCAUAACAAAUACAGAUGAAGACAUUACAAUGAGAAUCGGACAAGAUGAAAUAGAACAAGUUCAGGAUUAUAUAUAUCUUGGUCAAACUAUAGAAUUUAACAAAGAGAACCAAACAGCAGAGAUAAAGAGACGAGUUAGACUGGCAUGGGCGGCAUUUGGCAAACUAAGCUACAUUCUUAAAAACAAAAGAUAUCCACAGCAUCUUAAGACCAAAGUAUACAAUCAAUGCGUACUCCCUGGUCUUACUUAUUGUUCCCAAACGUGGACCUUUACAAAAGCAAACAUGGACAAAAUCAUAAAAACCCAAAGAGCAAUGGAAAGACAAAUGUUGCACAUAAGACUAAUAGAUAAAAAAAGAAACGAGAGGAUAAGAGAGAAAACAAAAGUGAGCGAUGUUAGACAAGAAGUUGCAAAAUUGAAAUGGAGAUGGUAGCGAGAGACAGAGAAGAAUGGAAAAGGAUUGGGGAGGCCUAUGUCCGAAGAUGGACCGAAGAAGGCUAAUAAGAUAGAUAGAACCGUACGAUAAGGAAAAAAAAUAGCACUAA